GAUUUUUCUAGUGUCAGUGGUGAUCGUUAGAGCAGCCGAGAGAGUCUUGUGUCCGAGCUCCUGGAGACACAGAAGAAUGUCCCUCUGGAGGAUCUACACUGCCCUUGGACUGCUGGCUACCGUGGGUUACGCUUACCCAGCACCAAGGCCGUCUUUCCUUGUGACGUUCCCUGCAUCCAUCAAUUCUGGCUCACGGGCUAAAGUGUGUGUGAGCUUUUUAAAGCCCUCAGCUGAGCCCACUGUCAUGUCCAUCUACCUGAAGCAUGAGGACAACAACACACUGCUGCUUCAGGAGCCAGCAGAUGCCGAAUUCCACCGCUGCUUCCAGUUUCAGGCUCCUGUGGUGAUGACAAUGUCCAUCCAGAAGAUCCGGGUAGAGGUCAAGGGUCAAACUUUUAAUCUGACAGAAGAAAGAAAAGUCAUGUUCAACCCCAGUCCUGCUCCCAACACCUUCAUUCGGACAGAUAAACCUAUAUACACACCUGGCCAAACAGUCCUUUUCAGAGUGUUUUCAUUGGACGCAAAGUUUAUUGCUGUUAAUGGAGAGUAUCCAGUUGUGGAACUUAAGGAUAGUGGGGGGAACAGGAUUGGCCAGUGGCUGAACUACUCGUCACAGGGCCGGAUCCUGGCUCUCUCCCAUACCUUGAGCUCAGAGGCACGGGAGGGGCACUACUUGUUGUCAGUUUACACCAAUCAGAACCAUGCCACGGCGGCUGAGGGCUUUAAAGUGAAGAAAUACGUGCUGCCUAAGUUUGAGGUCACAACAGACCAUCCCUCUACGGUCAGUGUUGGCUCAGAUGUCCUCGAGCUAAAGGUGUGCGGAAAAUACACUUAUGGGCAGCCCGUCCCAGGAUUGGUGUCGAUGGUUUUGUGUCGUAAUGUGAAAUCCUGGAUGCUGAGACACAGUGAAACCCUCAGUCCUCUGUGCCUCAAUGCUUCCGUGGAGAUGGGUGGCUCAGGCUGUGCUUCUCAUGUGUUCAACAUGACAUUUUUUUUUACUGACCGUGAUUUUGAUAGAAAGCUAGAAAGUGCCCUUGAUUUCAAUGCCACAGUCACUGAGGAGGAAACCGAGGUGAGCAAGUCCGAGACUGCAAGAAUCGUGAUUUCCUACUCCCUUGGAAACAUAACAUUUGAAGAGACCCCAAACGUAUAUGAAUAUGGAUCAGUUGUCGAGGGAAAGAUCAGAAUGAGGCAUUUCAAUGGAACAGGUGUUGCGUAUAAGGCAGUCUCUCUAUACACAAAUGUACGCGAAGAGCCCCUGAUGAGCCUGACCACUGACUCUGAUGGACUGGCCAGUUUCUCUGUCCACACCACUGCUCUCCAUAAAGGCGACAUCUUCCUAUCGGCAAGGGUCUCACACACACCAGCAUACUAUGAGACUGGAGUCCAGUUCUAUGACGCAGAAAUGUUUGUGAUUAGUGAUCUCAGCUCUCGGCACAGCUCUCUAGACAUCACGGGCCCAGACGAACCUCUGAAGUGCCACACAGAUGCAACCAUUAGCAUUAGCUACAUCUUCACUGGAGAGACCUUCACCACAGACACUGUGGACAUCAUUUACCAGGUUUUAUCCAAUGGUGAGAUUGUUCACCAUGGGUUUGUGAAGGCUCCAAUAAAGAUCACUCAAACUGUAGUUGAAGGCAAGGUGUCCUUUGCACUGCCUGUCACACCUGAGAUGGCUUAUUCCAUGGACAUUCUGGUCUACUGUGUCUUUCCCAGUGAGAUGGUCUUGGCAGAAAGCCGGCGAUUUCAAACGGAAAAGUGCUUCAGAAGCAAGGUAUCAGUGCAGUUCUCCCCCCCUGAAGCGGUUCCUGGAGAGAAGAGCUCCCUGCUGCUGUCAGCUCCACCUGGUUCACUGUGUGGCCUCAGCGCUGUGGAUCAGAGCAUCUUAAUCAUGGAGAAAGGCUCAGCCUUGGAUUUGUUGAUAUUCCACUCCACGGCAUGGAGGCACUUCGGUGGCAUUCCCUCUCAAGUCCGAGAUCAUUUUGACUGCUUUCGCCUGAGAUCUCGCCGAUUCUCAGUGCCCAUGCAAACCAGUCACAUCACAAAUGAUGCACUCAAUGUGUUUGAGAGAUUAGGACUGAAGGUGGCAACAGACCUACAUGUCCGCACACCUUCCUGUAUUGUCUACAGGGGCUACCAAUACACAUUACUGCACGAUUCAUAUGGGCCUAAGCAAAUGGCGGGCUCAGUAUUAUCCCCUGCUUCCCCUGAGACUGUUCGUUCCUUCUUCCCUGAAACAUGGAUCUGGGAGCUUACAGAAGUCGGGGAAUCUGGAGAAGCACAAGUUCCUCUCACUGUCCCUGACACCAUCACCACCUGGGAGACUGAGGCCUUCUGCCUGUCCCCUCAGGGCUUUGGUCUGGCCCCACCAGCUCAGCUCACAGUUUUCCAGCCCUUCUUCCUGGAGCUCUCCCUGCCGUACUCCAUCAUCCGUGGAGAGACCUUUGAGCUCAAAGCAACAGUUUUCAACUACCUGCUCAAGUGCAUAAUGGUCACAGUGACUCCAGCCCCUUCAUCAGACUUCACUCUGACCCCCUCCUCUGAUGGUCAGUACUCCUCCUGUCUGUGUGCAAAUGGGAGGAAGACCUUCAAAUGGACACUGGUGCCCUCUGUGCUUGGUGUGAUGAAUGUGACAGUGAGUGCAGAGGCCGACCAAUCUCAGACUCUAUGUGACAAUCAGCUAGUAACCGUACCAGAGAGAGGUCACAUUGACACAGUCACUCGCCAACUCCUGGUUAAGGCAGAGGGCUCUGAGAAGACUGAGAGUUUCAACAGGCUUCUGUGUCCAAAGGAGGGCGUUUUAAUGGAGGAGGUGGAGUUAAAACUCCCAGCAGAUGUAGUGAGGGGAUCCGCCAGAGCCUCAGUGUCUGUGCUGGGAGACAUCCUUGGUCGUGCUCUGAAGAACAUUGAAAGCCUCCUGAAGAUGCCUUAUGGUUGUGGGGAACAGAAUAUGGCCAUCCUCUCCCCAAAUAUCUACAUUCUGCAGUACCUACAGAACACUGGCCAGCUCACUGCAGAAAUUAAGGAAAAAGCUACCAAUUUUCUCAAGAACGGAUACCAGAGGCAGCUGAACUACAAGCACCAUGAUGGAUCCUACAGCGCAUUUGGUAUUGGAGAAGGCAAUACAUGGCUGACUUCAUUUGUGUUGAGGUCAUUUGGUAAAGCAAAGUCCUUCAUUUACAUUGAUCCAACAAUUAUUUCAAAUGCAAAGACUUGGCUUGAAAGCAGACUUCAACCAGAUGGUGUUUUUCAUAUGCAAGGGAAACUCUUCCACAACAGAAUGAAGGGUGGAGUGAACGACACUGUUACAAUAACUGCCUACGUCACUGCAUCACUGCUUGAGCUGAACAUAUCUGAUACGGAAAAACCCCUCACAUUUCUGAAGUCCUCCAUCAGUGACCUCUCCAACACCUACACCACUGCUUUAUUGGCCUACACCUUCAGUCUCGCUGGAGAAGAGAACAUCCGAGCUCAACUUCUGAAACACUUAGACAGUAAAGCAACUUCUAGUGGGAGUCUGCUGCACUGGUCUCAGUCCUCAUCAGAGCGAGCUGAUUCCCUGGCUGUGGAGACGAGUUCUUAUGUGCUCUUAGCUGUUCUCACCAAACCCACACUGACUGCUGCUGACUUAGGCUAUGCUUCCAGGAUUGUCAGCUGGCUGGUGAAGCAGCAAAAUCCAUUUGGAGGCUUCUCCUCCACACAGGACACAGUGGUGGCACUGCAGGCUCUGGCUCUGUACGCCACCAAGGUCUUCAGCCCACAUGGCUCCAGCACAGUGACAGUGCAGUCAGCAGGUGGCGACAAACACCAGUUUGAUGUGAACCAGCACAACACACUACUGUACCAGGAGUCAGCACUGCAGGACAUUCCUGGGAAGUACAGCGUUGAAGUGAAGGGCUUCAUGUGUGUCUCUUUGGGGGUGGCUCUUUUCUACAACAUCCCCACUCCCAUUGAGAACUCAAUCUUGAGCAUUAUGAUUCAAGCCAAGCCUCUUACUGAGGCAGAGUGCAACAAGGUCAAUGGACAGGCCCUCAAAUUAAAUAUCACAAUCCAGUAUUAUGGGCCACAGGAGAGCUCCAACAUGGCUAUAAUAGAUGUGAAAAUGUUAUCUGGUUUUAUACCUGACUCUGAUUCUGUUGAAAGACUACAGCACAGCAUAUUUGUGGACCGAGUCGAGAAGAAAGAUGACCACAUCCUUGUGUAUCUGUCACAGGUUCCAAAGGGAAAUCGUUUGUACUACGGAUUAAUCCUGAGACGAGACCACCCAGUGAGCAAACUUAAACCAGCCUUAGCCAAGGUGUAUGACUACUACCAACCCAGUGACCAAGCUGAGACUGAGUACUCCUCUCCCUGCGUAGCCUAGGAGAUGUCUGAAGAUGGGGCAGGGUGCUACAAAAGAAGAUUGCACUGUUAUGAUGCCAUUGUCUGAUUUCAACAUAAUGAAAUUGAAUUAGUAUGUCCUCAAUGAAUUAAUUUCCCCAUAUGCACAAUAAGCGAAAUACCUGACAAUUUCACUGCAUUCCUUACAUUAGUAAUUAUGUGACAAAUAAACAUCCUUGUAUCCUUGUC